GGCCCGGCAGACUGCACAACACAAACAUACACAAGACUUGACACGAAAGGAAACGACAGCCAUGCAGUUCUCCCUCAAAACUUGAUACAUGACAUGCAAUGGAUGCAAAAGCGUUGCUCGCUCUUCUACGGCAUUCAUAACAUGCAUGGCAUCUGCCAUUUCGUCGUUUCUUCAUUCAGCCUGCAAAAUAUACUGCCAACGGUGAUUUGCGUGACUUGGUUGAGUUUGCGCACAUCUUGCUGUUUACAUACUGCUGUUCGGUGCUUCAAUUGUGCCUAUACAUAACGGUAAAAAUACUAUGACAGCGGUUCUAUGACCAGCAAAGUUGCUAUGGACUCGUUGACCAGAAUCAGGCCUAACGAUUUGCAAGAAAAAGCUGGCGAAUUGGAAAAACAGUAUUUAACUUUUGUAAAUGAUCCAACUCUAAAAGAUGAUGCGGCUAUCUCGGAGCAUAAAAAACAAUUCUCAGAGAUGAAAGAUAUGUGCUUCAAUUUCCUCUCUCAAUCGAAAGAGCUAUGGAAAUCAUCUGAAAUUGACAACGAUUUGAUCCUGGUUGAAAGAUUUCAAUCUUUGCUAUCUAAUGUUGAGAAAAAAAUCGAUGAACUAUUUCCACCUGCAAGAGAUCAUGUGGAGGCUGAAGCGCUUAAACAGAAUCCAAAUCACCAGCAAGCUAUUGCUGCUGCUGCAAAUGGAACUUUAAUAACCUGUGCGAAACCACAGGUCUUUGAAAAGCCUAUUGGCAGAGGCAAGUGGCUCAAGCUAGAGGACCAGCCGUUAAAUCCAGUUGGUGGUCUGAUGAGCCACGACUAUUAUCCUAAUGCUAUGAACAACUUCAAUGCUGCUGUCUUUCCGCAAGCAUGGAUGCCUAGCAUGGCAAUGCCUUUAGCUAACCAGCAACCAGCGUUGAUGACUAACUACUCAGGCUUUUUCUCUAUGCCUGCUAAUGUUCUAAUCUCUCCACAUGGGCUUCCUGUUGGCAUGGUGCCGCUGUCAUUUGCCAGCGCGUCUCAAAUGACACAAAGUUACCCUUGCUCCAACAUGGUUGAAUUAAUAGAUUUGAGAGACUCAGAUGAGGAGAUAUAUGAUUCAUUGCAGUGCAAGCAACAAGAAGGAACUGCAUCUAUAAAACCCAAUCAACAGGAGGCCAAAUUUCAAUUGCGACCAGAAAACAAAUGUGCAGAUCCAGCUUCGACACUGACAAACAAUUACUCCCCAACUGUGCCUACUGACGAUGAACAGGACUGUAAUAUUCCUAUCUCUGACACGCCUGAGAUGCCACUGGAAAAAGCAACGCCUUCCACCGCUAGAAUUGGCAUAGAUAGUUGUCACCUGACAGCACCACCAGCAAGAGACAAUCCUAUAAUGCAGCCGCCAAUUUCCAAGUGUUUGCCACCGAAAAGCUUGGUAAAUUUGCCUUCACAGCAACUAUAUGAGCCUACUUCAUCUAGAAAGAAAAUCACCCCUGAAGAGUACAAAAUGCGCAAGAAAGAGAAACCAUCUCCAGGAGCAGUUAAAAGAUCACAACCUGCCAAAGUAAGUGCGCCAUCCACUCAUCAGGUUUCGCCCCAAAGGAGUAAACCACUGGUUAACAGGCCCAAUAACGUAGACAAGGUUCCGUUCAGCUAUGAGAAGUUGAUGUCCAUCUCGCUAAGCUAUACUAGCCCAAUAUCAUCUUCUCAACGAUCUCAACCAUCUGGAAGCCCUCCUAGGCCUCUCAAGGGAAUAUUAAAGAAACCUGCACCAUUGUUAGUAAACCAAAACCAAACUCCAGCUAAGGAUCCCAGUUGUGUGAAUCAAGCCAGUCCUAAGAUUGUCCUGGAGCAAACCAAAGAGCCACUUGCUGGGCUAACCAACCAUAUCAAGCACUUGCAUGAUAUUGGUUACUACUAUUGUGUGACAAAUGAGGAUAAGACUAAAUGCCUCAUCUGCAAACAUUCCUACAAGUUCAUCACAAAGCAUUACAAAGAGAAACACCCAACAUCAGAGGUCCUGAUCUCAAGAUUCUCUCCAACUGAUUUACAACAAGCUCUGUUGGAAGUUGAUAUUCAGCCCCCGAUGGAGGGAAACUACAGGUGUCGCCUUUGUCCGACGCAGCUGGAGUGUUUAAGCACAUUUAAGGACCAUGUCAGCUUCCACACAGGAGAAUACAACUAUUGUUGCUCCGAGUGUAACUUCACUUUCCCUGAGAAAAAGAAUUUCCAAGCUCACUGGGCGAAGCUUCAUUCCGUCAAGCAUGGGUCAACCCCCAGCCCAAUUGAAUUAGAAGUGUUCCCUCAGCCAAAAUCUGCCAACUUUAUUCCUGGCUACGUGUGUCCCGUUUGCAACUGGCUGCAGCUGAAAAAGGAGCGAGUGGAGAAGCACGUGGAGAAUGUGCAUGGCAUUGACGCCCUUAGGUGCAAUAAAAUAAAUGUAGUCAACAUGGUUCUCUACAUCCCUGAAGAUAAUGAUCCAAUACUAAGUAAGCCUAAGAAAACAAGAAGAAGAAAGAGUGUGAUUGACUACAAUGAAGAGAAAGUUGACAAGCGCGUCAAGAAAACACGCAAAGGUUGCUCAGGAACUUCCAAAUCUGAAUUGCCGCCUGUACCAAGUUGUAGCAGCAACAACAGCAUGAACAAGAAUCACUUUGUUGAACAUGAUGUGAAUGAUGAUUCUGUCCCAUGCUUGAUUUGCCUGGAACCAUACUAUAUGACAACCAAGGAGUCUGAUUGGAUCGAGUGCAUUGAGUGUAAGAAGUGGCUUCAUGCUGAUUGUACUACAUAUAGUGAGACAUGCGGUCCUUGUGGUCAAAAGAAAACGCAAGCUGUAGAAGCUCUUGCCAACUCACUACCUCUUGGAGGACUCAAACAGGUGGGAUAAUAUAAACUUGCGCUCGUCUUCAUAUUAUAGGGUUUAAAAAUAUAAUUGAGGUCUGCUUAUUCUUUCAUUAUAUGGGAUAUGUGUUCAGCUUAAAUGAGAUGGAUUGUGAAGGAAAAGAUUAUAUUUUAAGUAUUAAGGAUAUUCUUGCUGUUGCAUAUUCUUGCAUUUUGCUCUGCGUGUAAAUUUGAAUUCAACUGUAAUCUUGACAAACACAUAAGUAGCAUGUAUGGAGGACUCACACUUUUCAACCAACUCACACUUCUCGGUAGAAUAGGGCAUACUAAAUAUUGAUUAUUUUUCCUAUCAGAGACCAAGAAGUGUUAAGUGAGCGGAAAGCGUCUACUACAUUUCAUUAUGUUGGCAUCAAUAGUUGUUUUCUUAAGUGCGGUAUUGUAAAUAACAAAAAUAAAAGUGUGAAAUCUUAAAAUAAUUAUGCGCGAAAACUUUAUCCAUGAUUUUGAAAUAAAAAAUAUAGAAAUUGA